CUAUUCAUUAACUGUUUCAUUACAAGCACACAACCUUUCUUUUUCUUUUAAUCAUUUUAAAAGAAGCCCCCACCGUUUUGAAAUAGUCUACAACUUUGCUGUUUAUUUUGCACAAUGAUGAUCGAAAAUUUUCAGAGAAAAUCUACACUUCUCCUAAUUGGGUUGCUCACUUUGGCAAGUAUAGUGGGCAUACCUUCUUGCAAUGGAAGAACCAGCUUAUUAUGCAUAGAAAGUGAGAGACAAGCUCUUCUCAGGUUCAAGCAAGAUAUCAAAGAUCCUUCUGACAGACUUUCUUCUUGGUCUGCUGCAGAGGAGGAGUGUUGUCAAUGGGUUGAUGUCAUUUGCGACAAUAUGACCGGUCAUGUAAAAGAACUUCACCUCGGUAACCCUCUUGUUUCUGAUUGGCAAAUACAGGCUGAGUUCGAAGCAUUUUCAAGCUUCAAGUUGAGAGGUAAGAUAAAUCCUUCUUUGCUGGAUUUGAAUCAUCUGACUUACUUGGAUUUAAGUUACAAUGACUUUGGAGGAAUUCAAAUUCCAAGCUUUAUUGAUUCCCUCAAGAAAUUAAGAUACCUUAACCUCUCCGAAACAGGAUUUGAGGGAUUGGUUCCCCAUCAGCUAGGAAAUCUUUCCAAUUUGAGAAACCUUGGUAUUCGAGGUCCUGAAGUAUAUUUAGGUGAAGCUAAAUUGUACAUUAAGAACCUUCAUUGGCUUUACGGGUUAUCUUCCCUGGUGUACCUAGAAAUGAGUCAUGUGAACCUGAGUGUAGCAUCUGAUUGGUUAACAGUAAUAAACUCGCUUCCUUCCUUGUUAGAACUACAUUUGUCUGAAUGCACUCUCCAAGUUUUCCCUUCUCUGUCUUCGGUUAACUUCACUUCUCUGUCAAUCCUUGAUCUUUCAUGGAACAUAUUUCAUUCCGCAAUACCCAAAUGGGUGUUCAGCCUUCGUAACCUCAUUUCCCUUGAUUUAAGUGCGACUGAUGUUGAAGGACCGCUUCCAGGUGGUUCUUGGAACUUGACUUCUCUCAAAAGCUUCGAUGUUUCUCUCAAUUAUCUGAAUUCUUCAUUACCUGACUGGAUAUUUAGCCUCACUAGCCUUGUUUCUCUCAACCUACGCAAUAAUGGUUUCGAAGGCCCUAUUCCAAUUGGUCUCCACAACUUGACUCAUAUAAGAAAUCUUGACUUGUCUGAGAAUUAUUUCAAUUCCACCAUACCUGAUUGGUUGUAUAAUUUGGAGUCACUCCAGAAUCUUGAUCUUCACUCAAAUAACUUGCAAGGUUUGAUUUCUGCUGCCAUCAAGAAUUUUACCUCAGUUAGCACUCUUGACUUCUCACACAACGAACUUGAAGCAAAAAUUUCAAAGGAAAUGGGAAAUCUUUGCAACCUAAAGCGGAUCAGCGUAGAAGGGAACAAACUUGGUGGAACUAUAUCAGAAGCUUUUGAGAGCUUGUCUGGAUGCCUUUCAAGUAGUUUGGAGUCAUUAUCACUGGGAGGCAACAACUUUUCCGGCCAUCUUCCAGAUAAAGUUGGGAAAUUUAAACAUCUGCGGGUCCUUCAACUCGAGGGUAACUUAAUCUCCGGUCCUAUUCCGAGUUCGUUGUGCAGCCUGUCAUCCUUGGUGUACUUAGAUCUUGCUGGAAAUCAAUUAACUGGAAUGAUUCCUGAAUGUAUUGGAAACCUUUCAAAGUUAGAACGACUUGAAAUUGGCUACAACAUGCUGGAAGGUGUUCUGACUGAAGUUCACUUCAAAAAUCUUACGAGUUUGAGGGAAUUAUACGCAUCCAACAAUCAUAGACUAACGUUGACAGUGAGUCCCGCCUGGGUUCCACCAUUCCGCCUUACUGCAUUAGAAUUGAGAAACUGGGAUCUGGGUACAAAAUUUCCGUUAUGGCUUCAAUCACAAGAUUACUUUUGGGACCUGGACUUAUCCAGCACUGGCAUUGCAGAUAGCAUCCCCACUUGGUUUUGGAAUAUAACUUCUAGGACCAUGUAUUUGAAUCUUUCACACAACCAAAUUGGUGGUGAGCUUCCGGCUGAUCUCAGGUUUUCUGCGCAAUCCACAAUGAUUUAUUUGGGUUCCAACAAAAUUAAGGGUUCAUUACCUUGUAUCACUGCUAAUGUAUCUGAGUUAGACCUUUCCAAUAAUUCAUUUUCGGGAACCAUUUCACGCUUCCUCUGCAAUCCAAAGGAUGAGCCAAAUAGAUUGAAGAUUCUUCAUCUCGGAGAAAAUCGCUUGUCAGGUGAAAUACCAGAUUGUUGGAUGAAGUGGAAAUCUUUACGGGUUAUCAAGUUGGGUGACAAUAACCUGACUGGGAAAGUACCAAUUUCUAUAGGUUAUUUACCUCAACUACAAUCAUUGCAUUUGCGCAAUAAUAGCCUGUCUGGAGGAGUACCAGAAUCUCUUAAAAACUGUUCGAAGUUAUUAACACUUGAUUUUGGAAUCAACAAAUUUGUUGGGAGCAUACCGGUAUGGAUGACAGGAAGUAAUCUUCCAGAGCUGAAGGUUCUUGGUCUUCGUUCAAACAUGUUGAAGGGCGAAAUUCCUCCUGAACUCUGUAGCCUUGCUUCUCUACAGAUUCUGGACGUCGCAGACAACAAUUUAUCAGGAGAAAUACCAAAAUGUGUCGGUAAUUUCAAAGCCAUGACGACACAAGAGAUUUCAGCUCAUCCUAUUUCUUAUUCUUUCUAUUAUGGAGAGUUUCUGGAGAAUGCCUUUGCAGUGAUAAAAGGAAGAGAGAUAGAAUAUGACACCAUUUUAAGACUGGCCACUAGCAUUGACAUGUCGAACAAUGAUAUAUCAGGAGGAAUACCAGAGGAAGUAACAGCUUUAUUGGGGUUGCGAUCACUGAACUUGUCAAGAAAUCGCUUGAUAGGACCAAUUCCAAACAAGAUUGGAGACAUGCAAGUGCUAGAAUCUGCUGAUCUCUCAAUAAACCAUCUUGCAGGCAGAAUUCCUCCAAGCAUGUCAAGUAUGCACUUUCUGAAUUAUUUGAAUUUGUCUAAUAAUAACCUGUCUGGAGAAAUUCCAUUGAGUACUCAACUACAAAGCCUGGAUGCUUCAAGCUUUCUUGGUAAUGCACUUUGUGGACCUCCUCUCCCGGAAAAUUGCAGUACGGAAAGAGCCCCACCAUAUAUUCUCAACAAAUAUGAUAAUGGCAGUGAUGGAGUUAAAUUAGAUGAGUUGUACCUGAGCAUGGUGAUUGGAUUUGUAGUGACUUUGGUUGGUGUUUGGGGGCCAUUGAUUUACAUCAGUUCCUGGAGACAAGCCUAUUUACAGUUCUUGGAUCAUAUGUUCCAAGCAGUUUCUGGUAAGUUGUGCAAAUGAACAGGUCAGUAGUGUAACAUUCUGCAUCCAUAGUGUUGAAUGGUAGUGAUGUUUACUUAGUUAUAAGUGUGUUUGACUAAGAUAUUUCAUGCUUUAUAUUGUUUAAUAUUAUGUUUUAGUGGGUAAGCCAUGUGAGCUAGCUUGUUGCUGUAGACGGUUUGUUCCUAAAAGGGAAAUGUUGUUCUCUUGUGGAUGUACUCUUGUAUUUGCAGACUGAAUAUUAUCGAGACAUUACUUUCCC